GUCUCAGCGAACAGGCACUCUCCCCGCUCCUUUUGCGCGCCCCCUUCGCAUCCGAUCGAAGCCGGCUGCUUUUCGGGGGCUUUCCGCUCGCCUCUUCCUCCGCCUUCGGCCCCCUUUCCGGCGUGCGCUUGGCCGCUCCCCAUCCCCGGCAUCAUGACAGACGCGGCGGUUUCUUUCCUGAAAGAUUUCUUGGCAGGCGGCGUGGCUGCCGCGAUCUCCAAGACGGCGGUGGCGCCCAUCGAGAGAGUCAAACUGCUGCUCCAGGUGCAACACGCGAGCAUGCAGAUCACAGCGGAGAAGCAGUAUAAAGGCAUCAUUGACUGUGUCGUCCGGAUCCCUAAAGAGCAAGGCUUCCUGUCUUUCUGGCGUGGCAACUUAGCCAAUGUGAUCCGGUACUUCCCCACGCAGGCCCUCAACUUCGCUUUCAAAGACAAAUACAAGCAGCUCUUCCUGGGUGGCGUCGACAAAAGAACCCAGUUCUGGCGUUACUUUGCCGGCAACUUGGCUUCAGGCGGGGCUGCUGGAGCGACUUCACUCUGCUUCGUCUACCCGCUCGACUUCGCCCGAACACGCUUGGCAGCUGACGUGGGCAAAGCUGGAGCCGAGCGUGAGUUCAAGGGGCUCGGCGAUUGCCUGGUCAAGAUCUUCAAGUCAGACGGCCUCCGUGGGCUCUACCAAGGCUUCAACGUGUCCGUUCAAGGCAUCAUUAUCUACAGAGCAGCUUAUUUUGGCAUCUACGAUACUGCAAAAGGAAUGCUUCCGGAUCCAAAGAACACCCACAUCUUGAUCAGUUGGAUGAUCGCCCAGACAGUGACAGCUGUUGCUGGCUUGACCUCUUAUCCUUUCGAUACAGUCCGGCGACGGAUGAUGAUGCAGUCUGGUCGUAAAGGGGCUGACAUCAUGUACUCUGGCACGAUCGACUGCUGGCGGAAGAUCGCCCGCGACGAGGGGGGCAAAGCGUUCUUCAAGGGUGCGUGGUCCAACGUCCUCCGAGGCAUGGGCGGCGCCUUUGUCCUAGUGUUGUACGACGAAAUUAAGAAGUUCACAUAAACUCCUUCCCAUUCUUGGAUGGCACUUAACUAUGUAAUGUUCAUGGACUGCGUCAGAAUUAUUUAUCCGUUCCCACUGAAGUUGCUACUGGUUGGCAGGGGGGCCACGAUUCUGCUUGCCUGACCUGUUUAUCGAGUCAUUCCCCUGACAAUGGGACUCAAACUUCAUUUUUAUUCAGUCACGCCUGUUAAAAUUAAGUUUGAGAGAAAAAUAAAAUAAAAAUCCUGGGAAAAAAA